AUGCGCGCAGAAGACAAUAUACAAAUAGAGUUUCCCAAAGGGGCAGUCAAUCCAGGGAAGUUAUUUUGGAUUGGCCAGCUCGAUAAUAGUGGGGGAUCAGUGUUUAUCAUAUACAGAGCUGUAAACCGCAAUGUCUUCUGCAUCUCCCGCAGCGCGUUCGAAAUCAAUCAAUGGGAUACAAACUUGAUACCCGAUUCUUCGUAUGAAGGGGUGGAUGAAUUAGACUCGACCAGAAUCGUCGGUGGACAAUUCGCAGUGCCAAAUCAAUUUCCAUUUAUGGCCGUGGUGCAUCGAUUGCUGGGCAAUGGAAUGACCUCGCAGUGCGGUGGAACGAUUAUUUCCUCAAGAUGGGUGUUAACAGCAGGUCAUUGCGUAGUAUCUGGACCUAAACAAUUUCUUGUUGUUUUUGGUAUUUGCAACAAAACCGGGAUAGAGUAUAAUUCCUAUAACGGGCCUGGUGUAGCCAUGUUAACGAACAAAGCUAUACUUCACCCGAAUUAUCAAACAACCUUGAAUGAUAUCGCACUACUGUACAUGCCACGCAAUAUUCCAUUCAGAGCAAGCAUUCAACCUAUUAAGCUCGCAGGUUAUAACUACGUGAAAAAAUCAUUCACUGGCAGAACAGGUGCGGUCAUCGGAUGGGGAAAAGACGGAUCUUCCGGAGCUGGAACGAAAAGACUAAAGUACGCGCUUCUACCAAUUAUUUCGAAUAAAGAAUGCUCCACGUAUUGGGCUGUAACGGAGAAACACGUAUGCACUUCAGCCUCAUACCAUCAAGACGCAUGUCAGGGUGAUAGCGGUGGCCCGUUGAUCGUAUUCAAAAAUAAUGUCCCUCUUCAAAUCGGAAUCGUUAGCUAUGGAGACGGAUAUUGUCCCAGUAAUAAACCUGGCGUGUUCACCCGAGUCGUUACAUUCAUCGAUUGGAUUCAACAAGUUACCAAACUUCGCUUUUAAAAAAAUCUUGUACUUAUCAUAUUAGCGGUUUUACAAGAAUAGCGGUGGAUAUUGUUAUCUAUCUGUUAACGAUAUUUUUAUAUAUUUUGUGUAUUAUAAAUAAAAUUGGGUUAUAGACAAUUUUAGCCAUUUGCAGUUUAUAGCUACGUUUACGAUGCUAUCGAAAUUUCCGGAUCUUAACACGAUUCAAAGGAAACCGAUUACCAGAUUCUUAAAUUCACUAAUAGCCGACAUGAGUUGCCUCAAACGCAAUCGACGCAUUGUAAACCUUGUAAACGUUCCUACCUCAUUUCGUAAAAAAUCGGGCUUUUGAAAAAGAAUAUCUAACAGCAAGAAGAUUUACACCUACAUUUUCGACAACGAAUGCGAUGAGUCUCGCGAAGUAUUGUCUUGUGAAGUACAUACCGUCUCAUAGAGUAUUACCUUCAGAGAUAUUGUUUGAGAAGUAUUUUUUUUUUUUUUACUAACAAAUAUUGCUUUGAGAAGUAUUAAUCUGUGUGCGACGAGUUGUGUUUAAUCCGUAUAAUCAGUAAAUCACUGUAUCUCACCUUAUCAAUUAUAUUUAGUUUAAUCGUUUCACUUUUUGAUUUCUAAUAGUUGACUUGUAAUAGUCUUUCGAAAAUAUCUCGAAACAAAAAACGUGUAUAAAUUAGAAAUUAAUAUGUUUCCAAUCUUUUUGUACCUAUAAAUAUCUUUUGAUUUAGUGUAUGUAUGUAAGUUGGAAGCAACGCAAAUUCAAAUAUCUAAAGGCGGACUGGUGGACGGUGUGCCGGCGGGUCUUUUGUUCUCAGAAAAUAUGCAAGGGAUACACCUGGGCAGCUGCAAAACGGAGGGGAGAUCCCUUUGCUGACUUGACUGCCCAUGUGAUAUGUAGUUGGUAGGGUAGGGUCUCAACAGCAUAGCUCCGGAGAUUCUAAAGUACAUAUGUAGCAUACGUUACAUGUAUACAUAUAUAUAUGCCGACCAACCGACGAAGAAUGCAGCUACAUUUGGAAGAUAGAUAUUCGUUUUCAGAGCAAAGGGCCUUGAAUAAAACUGCUGCAAGAUUUAAGAUAUUUUUAAGGACGUUCUGCUUUCUCUUGAUCUUGUGAUUUCCCUUUUCAGUUCAAAUCUAAUGAAUUAUAGUGAUAUUUUAAUAGUUUUUUCGCAAUCAAUAAUUAAAAUCUCCUAUGGUAAUUCAUUAUCGGACGCUUCUGUUAAAAAUUUCAUUAAAAAUUGAAAGGAAGCAACGAAGAUUAUGCAGUAACAUUUAUUCCGUGUUUCAAUGUACAAUGUACAUGUACUUUAUAAUCGAUAGAAUGUAUGCAGUAAUAUCGUAUUAUUAAUUUUGUUAUCGUAGUAUUAAUCGUUUAAGGUAUGUAUUAGGCAAUGAGAGGGAAAUUGAUUCUAUAUUAAGUUUCUUUGGAUAUAUGUAUGGUUCUAUAUAGCCAAAGUUUAACCAGACUUUCUAGUAACACAUAAAACAUCAUUUUUUUAAUCCGAAAUAUAUGUAUAAGUAUGUCGGUAUGGCAAAUUAUUUAUAAUAAGUUAAUACUUAUUAUAGAUAAGUAAAUAUUACUUAAUUUAAAUAAUUAAUUGAAUUUAGCGAUGGUUCGUUAUAUGAGUAAAGAACCUUCUACGAUGCUGCGCUUUUGAAUAUGCACUGUAGAUGUUCGAAGGUACUGAUAUAUAUAAUCUCUGCUUGAAACGUCGCGAUAUUUGAUUGGCUGGUAUGAAAGUGGUGGGGAAUAUAGCUGUUCGAAUGUAUAAAAGCGCUGGCACUCGAUGCGACGCCAGAGACGAAUUUAGUAACCUUAGUGGUAACGUUAAUAUUGAAAGUGCUAUUUGUCAG